CGAUCAUUGGCAUCAAUUCCAAUGCGCGCACAGCAUUUUUUACGACAGUGGUCAAAUAAUAACCUUCUAAAUACCCAAGUAACCUCGAGUGUCAUUCGUUCGCCACUCCCUUUUACUCGUCGCGGUUGGAAUCACAGCACGAAAACACCAUGGACAAUAACGCAGGAAGAAGUGAGGAAUCCCAAGAUGCUGAUCGCAAGCCUAAGAGAAGGGAUAUGGGUAGAUCUGAGUGGAGUCGCUCAAUGCCAGAUAAGAGAGAGCGCAACGAACGAGCGGAGCAAAUAAAACGAAGAAAGCUUGACAAUGGAGAGGAGAUUGUUGCUCCUGUCUACGCUACCGAGUUUUCCCAGGAAGACAUCGAAAGCGAGCAGCGCCGCCCAAAGAAGAAGGUUGCUGUGUUGAUUGGGUACUCCGGUACAGGGUACAAGGGAAUGCAAUUGAGUACUACUGAGAAGACUAUUGAAGGAGAGCUAUUCACCGCGUUCGUUGCUGCCGGUGCAAUUUCCAAAGCCAACGCAGCUGACCCUAAAAAAUCGUCUUUCGUCCGCUGCGCACGUACGGAUAAAGGUGUGCAUGCUGCCGGGAAUGUUGUCUCCUUGAAAAUGAUCGUGGAAGACUCUGAUACCGUUCAAAAAAUCAACGAGAAACUGAGUUCUCAAAUCCGAGUCUGGGACAUCCUAGUAGCCAACAAGUCAUUCAGCAGCUACCAGAUGUGCGAUUCGCGUGUGUACGAAUACCUUAUCCCGUCACACUGCUUCCUGCCCCCACAUCCCGGCACCUACCUGGGGGCAAAACUAAAAGAAUAUGCCGAGAAAGAAGGCGACUUGGAGGGAUACAAGGCGCGCCAGGAAGAGGUUGCCACAUACUGGGAUGAUGUUGAUAAGAAUGUCCUUCGGCCACUCCUUGAAAGCUUCCCUGAGAACAUUCGCAAGCCGGUCGAGAAAGCGCUGCACAUCGAGGACGAAGAGGAUGUUCAGGAAGCCGAGUCGACAAAGGCUGAACAGGAAGCGCAAGACGCUCCGGCUACCGAAGCGCCGUCCGCAGAGAAGCCAGCAGAGCCCUUGAGUGAGGAGGAAGUUGCAUUCAGGAAACAGAUAUACGAGGCUGUCAAAACCGUCAAGUCCGCUUAUCUAAAGGCAAGACGAUCAUAUCGCAUUCCUUCCGCACGCCUUGAUCGGAUUCAACAGGCCCUUGAUAAGUACGCUGGAACGCGGAAUUUCUACAACUAUACAAUCCGAAAGACAUUCAAAGACCCCUCCGCUAAGCGUCAUAUAAAAUCUUUCAAUCUCAACCGCGAACCUAUCAUUAUCAACGGUACUGAAUGGCUCAGUCUGAAGGUCCACGGCCAAAGUUUCAUGAUGCACCAGAUUCGCAAGAUGGUCGCCAUGGCUACCAUGGUUGUUCGGUGCGGCUGCGACCCCGAGCGUAUCGUGGAAUCCUAUGGUUCAUCCAAGCUUGCGAUCCCUAAGGCCCCGGGACUUGGCUUACUUCUUGAGCGCCCUGUCUUCGAUGUCUAUAACAAGAGGGCAGGUGAUUUCAAAAAGGAUCCUAUUGAUUUCAGCAAGUAUGAAAAAGAGAUGGAUGAGUUCAAACAACGUGAAAUUUACGAUCGUAUCUUCAGAGAAGAAGAGCAGACCCAUGCCUUUGCAUCGUUCUUCAACCACAUCGAUCACUAUGCCCAGGAGGAGUUCCUCUACGUCACAUCAGGCGGUGUUCCUGCGGCCAAAAUUGCGCCCGCGCCUCAGGAGCUUGAGGAUAAUAAAGACGACGGGUCUAAGCCCAAGCGGAAGUCACAGAGAAACGCGCUGGCCGAGGUUGAAAUGGAGUCUGAAGAUGAGCGUGGUGGGGAGGAGGAAGGCUGAAUCGUCCCCUGGAAUACACGGAAGGCAAGAGCAGUUCCAUAGACCAUAAUGCAUAGCCAAAGUUUCGAAGAAGUUGGUCCAAGAAAAUGUGAACCUCAUCUAAGUUUUCCAUGUUCAGUAAGUAGCCUUCUGAGUACGACAACUCAGGGUACCAAGUCACCACAGUGCAUGACGACUUUAUACUUCCGGAGUUUGCAUCCUUAGUUGAGUCAGAGCUCCUAUGACCAUCUCUGUCUUCCCACUCUAUUACUUGCCUAUUCAUCUGCAUCCUUCUACUGAGAUCUCUGUAUCUUCACUUCUGUCUGACUCUCCACUCAUUUGUAUAUCCAUAUCUAUAUUCACC